AUGCUCGCGCUCGCUCCGCACGUCGCGCGAGCCGGACUCACGGCCUUUAGCGGGGACACCUGCAACGGCCCCGUCGGCGAGGACGUCGCCUGCGACGGCUCAUGCAUCCCGUUCGAAGGGCGGCACUCAUUUCUCGUCGAUGGCGGAUCUGGCAAUCACUGCGUGUCGCUAUUCGUGAACGGAAGCUGCAGCGGCCAGGUGUUCACGUUCCAGAACCAGAACGGCGCGUGCCAGAACGUGAACACGGGCACAGACAUCCAGUCUUUCCUCUGCGCGCCGAGCAACCAGUGUCUGUCUCCCCUGACAUGCGGCGGGGCAUUCGUGCCCACUGAUUAG